CCCGCGGCCGGCGCGCGCCUGCCUCGGCAUUUUUAUUUUGCUGGGUGGGGGGCGGUUGCCGCCUCUGCCGCCCGUCCAACGGCGCGCGCGCGCGAAGCAACCAUCUUCGCCAUUCGACGGGCGAGCAGGCCAGUCCGCGCGUCGAGGGGCCAACUCUGCGCGAUGAUGACACUUGUGCACUCCAUGCUGCUGCUCAGUGCGAUUGUCUGCGAGUUGUCCACGGCAGUCCAGCUGCAGUGGCACGAGCCAUUGGAGCGGGGCGUGAAGAUCUCGCCGCAAGAGUUGGCCGAUUUGGGAAAUAGGGCCGAGCAGGAUGCUCGGGCGCAGGUGGCGGCCCAGCGCGGCAAUGUUUCUCUCGCGCCCGAAUGCUUCUCUUGCGCGCAGAAAGAUUACGUUGCGCCGUGCCCGUCGGGCUGGGAGGUGGCGAUUGGCAGAAUGUGCACGGCGCCGUCGGGUUAUGGUGGAUACUGCCGGGCAGAACUGUCGUUCGACGGAGAGUCAGCUGCAACCAAGCGGGAGGCCGAAAUUGCUUGCGGCGUGUGUUGGCCAUGCAGCCAAUAAACGCCCUCGCGUCGACAGGUGCCAAAUGCGCGCAGCGCGGCCAGCAGCCUCGGCCCGCAGCCUGCGACACAUUCUUUCGCGAUGCACGCGGAGCGUCUUGCGCGCGCGGGGCCCGAUCCGAG